UUUAAAGAAAAUACUUUACGAAACUAUGUAAUAUUAGGAGCGUAUUUAACAAACAUUUUGGAGUAAAAAAGAAACUUGUGAUAGAAGAAUUGACAUUGUCUACGAUAUGCCCGGGGUUUCAAAGUUCGGACCUGCGACCGAAAAGUAAAACCAUGUAUACAGGAUUUCUACUGGCUUUUAUUAUUGGGGUUUUAGAGGCCGAUUUAAUAACAAACCUAUCCAGCGCGUGGUAUGAUGGGUACAUAAAAUGUAAACAAAAUGGUCUGUCCAUGGGUACGUGGUUUGAUGUAACGUCUGGCAUUAACAUACCAUAUCCCAUUUGGCUCAACGGCUUCGAAGUGCGAGUCAAGAACCUAGACAGAUUCUUCAUAAUCGCUAAAUUGCCGGAAAAUCAAUUGGCCUAUGUUCGUUGUGUGAACAGCACAGCGUUCGUUGAUACAGGCGAAAGGUUGACGUUUGAGAAAGGACUCGAAUAUUGUCAGAAUCAAUUAAAUGGAUCGCAUAUGGAUUUACCAUUAGUGAACCACACUAAUCUGCAUAUGUUUAGUACGCUUUCUGUUUCGCGGCGGUAUUGGAUAAAAGAUCUAAAAGUCGGACCAUUUCUAAACUCGGAAGACCUGACUGUGCAUUGUUUGGUGCUGAAAGGAAAAUACAAAGUUUGGGGAAAAGACAACUGUACCAACAAAUAUCUAUCCAUCUGUGUAAAUGCAACUGUUCACGACGCUAUAGCUUACAUCGGACAAGAGUCGUGGAUGCAAAACUACUAUUCGACGUCAUCUAGCACACCCCAGACAUCAUCAGCGGCUGCCGCAGAGUUUGUGACGUCACUAGGUAUGUCGGAAACUAACGGUGGAGUUGAUUUAACCACAAGUGCAGCAAACACCCCGUUUGAUUUGAACAAUUCCACCCGCGACUCUAAAACCGAAGAAGAUGCGAAGACAUCAUCCAUUUUUACAUGGCUAGCAACAGCGUUUGGCUUAUCUAUGCUUGUAAUAAUAGUCAUCAUCGCUUGUUUGUGUGUAAAGAGGAAACAAGGAAGCAACAAUCGAACUACCUUUCAACAGAUCGAACUUUCACAGCCAUCGAGUGUUAUGCAGGAAGGUCAUGACGACAACAGCGUCCAUGUUGAUGUCAUUUCCGACGAUGUAACAGAGCGUGAGGCAACACCGUACACCUCACUCCAGAUGACAGAAAAGCAUCUGUACACUGCCUUGGUGGGACCCAGCUUCGUGUCAACAGAAAUGUCUUAUGUAAAUGAUCGAAUAGCUGAGAGUGACGUGAUGGGAUCCAGCGUCAUGUCAACAGAAACGUCUUAUGUAAAUGGCCGAAUAGCUGAGAGUGACGUUCCAGUUGAGGAAACGUUUGAAAUGACCGAACGACCAGAAAACAAAUACGACGAACCGGAAAAUAACGAUCCAGCGAACACAAAUUACGAUGAUGUCGAAGCGUCAGAAAAUGACGGUACCGAUUCCGAAGCCAAAGUGUAUUAUUUUAUUGUUAAAUAAGGUUGGAACGAACUCCGCUUUAAAGAUCAAACUUUCCAGGAUUGAAUCCAUUGCAGCUCACUCCCCACGACGGCGAACCAUCCUCUUAAAAUUCCCCAAAAGCUUGGAAAUUCGACACUUAGUUAUUGACCAAACGAUACCGCAUGUUAAUAGUUAUGAGAAUAAGGCUACACAACACCUACGCUGACGUAAAAUUUAAUACAAAUAUUGGAACAAACAUGGACAUGAACAUAGUGUGCUUAGAACUUAAUUUCGUAACAAGGGAAACAACAAUUAUUAAAAAUGUUUAAACGCAUUGUGCGUAAUUACUAUGAAAAUAGGUCAAUAAUGUAAAUUUGAAACACUUGUACCGUAUAAUAAUAUUCGUAAAUACUGAUAUUAAAAAAAUGUAGAGCUUUACAAAUCUUCACAAUUGUAAAUGUCUAUUUGUUGUUAUUGUUCUUUUUUUCUUGUUUAUCAUCUACUAAAAUUCAUAAUUGUACAGAUUAAAAACCGUGUACGUGUUUUGUAAAUAUUCAACAUAUUUAUAUGCUUUUAUAUUUUCCCGUACUGAUUUUCUGUAUUGUAUUUUACUCGCAAUGAUUCUCCUUAAACAAUAAUAAUAACGUAAAUUAAAAUGAAACUUUUGAAACAGGCAUAGUACGAAAAUGCCAUAUUAUGUAUUCACUUUACCUUUAAACUCUCAUAUUUUUGUAUCAUGAAAUAUUUAUAUCAUUAAUAUAUGUGAUAUAUAACGUGUAUUAAUCAUUAUUAGCCGGUCAUAUAAUGUAUGUGUUAUAUGUAUAUUAAAAGCAUGGAUAUAUAUUGCCUUUUUUCCUCACAUAAGAUCUAUCUUUGAUCUUUUUUGUACAACAAAUGAAACGUUUAUAAUUAGUUCAUAUUAUGAUCAUUUGAAGAUUGGACUAGAACAUAUAAUGUAGUGCCUAAAAAAGGGGGAAAGGCAGUAUUUCUCCAUGCAUAUAAACUUUGGCUUGUAUUUUCGCUUACUAAAAAACUAAAAUAAAGUUUGAAUCUUAAGACUAUUUUUAACCAAAGUUUAUGUUUCAAAACAAUGCCAGUACGUCAUUGAUAUUAAGUAUUCAGAACCGUUUUUCAUUUAUUCGUGAAACAUUGUGAAAGAAUAAUAGGUAAGGAUCAUAUUUCGGACACACGUCAACGAUAUUGUAUUUCUUCUUCUUAAAUUGAAGCUCCAUAAGAUAAGUAAACCAUCCUAAUUGUAAGUAGAUUGUAGUAUGGUACAUUUUAAUGCAACAGUUCGUUUAUUUUGUUAGUUUUUGUUUGUUAAAUACUAUUACUUUUUUCACUUGCAGUUGCAAAUAAGAUUGUUUCCUAUUAAUUUUAAAAUAAUACAAUUUAAACCUUUAAGACCUUAAAAGAUUAUUUGAAUACUUUCCGUAUUAGUUGUUCACAGAUUCCCACAAUGAAAAAAUGUUACUUAUGAUAAUGAAUGAAAAGACACGUAGGUCGUCGUGGUGUAAUUAAUAAGGUGUCUGCCUAGCGAGUGACCGGGUGAUCAUGGGUUCGAUCCCCACUGUGGGAGCGUUCUUGAGAUUUUCCCCUAACCAAGUGGUUCUAGGCAUCAGAAAUGGACUGGGGAGUGUUUCAAUAAGCCUGAGGCUUUCGAUGCAAUCGAGCUAAAAUAAAUAUGUUUAAACUAAAUAAUACUGCAAUAGCACAAUAUAUACACAAUGAGUGGGUUGAUUGCAUUAUUGUUUUAUUCUUUUUUAAUUUGUAUUAUUGUAACAGCUUAAUAUCAAUGUACAGGUAUUAUUUCUUGUAUCCAUUGAUUAGUUGACAAUAACCAUUUUAUUCAUUGUUUUAUAAGUCACAAGUUUUGUGUAUUUUUAAUGUCAUUCUUUAUGUUGUCUAGAUUUGGCAAAAUUAAAUUUGCAACAAA